CAUCCAUCCAUCCAUCCCAGGUACACCACCAACCCGGCCUUGAACUGAACCUUUAAGCCCGGCCGUCCCAUGCCGCCGCCGCCAUCCCAUUCCCCCAUUUGAAUUUCUUACACCCCUCCCCCCCGUUGUCCUUGUCCUGUCCUAAGAUACCCCUCGAUUUCUCGACAUCUUCGACACGGCAACAUUCAAAGCACCGGAGAAAACCCAUAGCACAGCGUUCCUACCGACGGCAAACCCGCCCAACAAGAAAACACCUCGCAACCAUGGCCGAUUUGCAGGGACGCAAGGUCUUCAAGGUCUUCAACCAGGACUUCAUCGUCGACGAGAGAUACACCGUCACCAAGGAGCUCGGCCAGGGAGCUUAUGGCAUUGUAUGCGCCGCCGUGAACAACCAGACUCAGGAGGGCGUUGCCAUCAAGAAGGUCACAAAUGUUUUCAGCAAGAAGAUCCUCGCCAAGCGCGCAUUGCGCGAGAUCAAGCUGCUCCAGCACUUCAGGGGACAUCGCAACAUUACCUGCCUGUAUGAUAUGGACAUUCCCCGACCCGAUAACUUCAACGAGACCUACCUCUACGAAGAGCUGAUGGAAUGCGACCUGGCGGCCAUCAUCCGAUCCGGCCAGCCCUUGACCGACGCCCACUUCCAGUCCUUCAUCUACCAGAUCCUCUGCGGUCUCAAGUACAUCCACUCCGCCAACGUCCUGCACCGCGACCUGAAGCCCGGUAACUUGCUCGUCAAUGCCGACUGCGAACUCAAGAUUUGCGAUUUUGGUCUGGCACGUGGUUUCUCCGUCGACCCCGAAGAGAAUGCCGGUUACAUGACGGAGUACGUCGCCACCAGAUGGUACCGUGCCCCCGAGAUCAUGUUGAGCUUCCAAAGCUACACCAAAGCUAUUGACGUUUGGUCGGUUGGCUGCAUUUUGGCCGAGCUACUCGGGGGUCGCCCUUUCUUCAAAGGCCGUGACUAUGUCGACCAGCUGAACCAGAUUCUGCACAUUCUUGGAACCCCCAACGAGGAGACUCUCUCUCGCAUCGGCUCGCCCCGUGCCCAGGAAUACGUCCGCAACUUGCCUUUUAUGCCCAAGAAGCCUUUCCCCAGCUUGUUCCCCCAGGCCAACCCUGACGCCCUCGACCUCCUCGACCGCAUGCUGGCCUUCGACCCCUCGAGUCGUAUCAGCGUCGAGCAGGCCCUCGAACACCCCUAUCUUCACAUCUGGCACGACGCGUCCGACGAGCCCGACUGCCCCACGACCUUCAACUUCGACUUUGAAGUUGUCGAGGACGUCGGCGAGAUGCGCAAGAUGAUUUUGGACGAGGUCUACCGCUUCCGCCAGUUGGUCCGCACCGUCCCCGGAGCUACCCAGGCUGGCGGGCAGGCCGCUGGCCAGCAGGGCGGUGCUAGCCAGGUUCCUAUCCCAUCAGGAAACCCUGGGUGGACUUCCUCGGACCCCAGACCGCAGGAGUACGCUGGCCAGGGAGGUGGCUUGGAGGCCGACCUUGCCGGUGGCCUCGAUCACAGGAGAUAGAGAUGCUGCACUCCUCGUGCACAGGUGCGCGCCCGCUUGGCAUAUAAAGGAAGAGCAAACUCGGGUGUUGGCUUUUGUAAACUGGCGGGCAGGUUCAAGGCUUUUGGAUAUGAUGCCACGUGGAGGAGCUAUGGCAUUUGAAUAUGGAAAGCUGGAGUCGCUUGCAGGCAUUGUUAUGGACGGCGACUCCUCAGUUGCGAGGGAGAAGAAGAUCAAGAAGCAGAAGAAGAGAAGGACAGGAACAAGAUUAUUGGAAAUGAGAUCGCCCGAAGAGGUUAAAGAACACGACAAAGAUGAAAAGAAGUCUCCAAAUUUACCUAAUUCCCUAUCAUGUCCGCAGCGCGCGCUCUUGAAUGGCACAUCACCAGGUGGCGCUUGGCAAGCUUGGAUAUGGCGAUUGAUGCGGCCAAGGUUGCUUUAGGCCGUCUCUGUACCGGUGAUAGAGGUGGCCGACAAGGCGGCUAUGCAAGUUUCAGUUGAGAAAGACGAUGGUUUCUUUCUUCCUUUCUUUCCGAUUAUCUUGCCUUCUCGGCUGAUUCUGCUCUAUGCGGACACGAAUCCAAGUCAGUCUCGUGGCCAAGACAUGAUCGGAGAGGACUGCCAUUAUACGUGUCUACGGCGCAACAACAACGUCAGGCAAUCUUCGCCCCAGGCAUGUUUCCUCGUGGAGUUGCUUGCUCUAUCCUC